GGAGAGAGAGAAGUACAACUUGCGCGUGCUGUCAAAAUAUAUACACAGUGCGCCAGAGCUGACCAGAGUGCACGGGGCGCCUGGGAGAUAACAGGAUUUUCCCUCCCCCCCCCCCUCUCUCUCGCGCCUGAUCGCUCGUGUCUGAUAUCACCUCGAGAUCGAGCGAGGAACGCUGACCCGUGCGUGAAGACGUGAAUUCACACACGCGCGUAGUCGAGUAGUCGAUAAAGCAUCGAGUCGGCAGAGUGUCAAAUUCACCAGUUCGAGGUCUUCAUCAAGCUUCCCUUCGGCGAGUACGAUGGUAUGAUUCCUGAAAUUCGACACGACGCUUCACUCGAGUCGCCGUUCAGCGCGACGUGACAAGAACUCGUCCGACGGAGUUUUUACUGAGCACCGAUCGCGCUUCGCGUCGAAACAGCUGAGAUCGGUCGAAAUGGAGUCAACAGGGCAGAAUCAGCCAUCUAACAUCAAUGAUGGUUCCGACGCCAAGGGCAGUUGCUUGUUACUUCGCUACGCCAGCCAAAAUUCUCUGGACGAGAGCUCGCAGAAGCACAUUCCUCGUGAGAAUGGAAAAGACAAACCACCAUAUAGGAAUCACCAUCAUACAAAUCGAGCUUUUGAUGUCAUCAAUGAGAUGAGAAAGAAAAAUUUACUUUGUGACGUCAUCCUGGUAGCAGAUGGUGGAAUGGAAGUACCUGCUCACAAAAUGGUUCUCGCUGCGUGCAGCCCUUAUUUUUAUGCCAUGUUUACAAGUUUCGAAGAGCGUGAUCAAGAAAGAAUAACAUUGCAAGGCGUAGACUAUUCAGCAUUAGAAUUAUUAGUUGACUAUGUUUACUCCGCUGAAGUCCAUGUUACAGAGGAUAACGUACAGGUGCUUCUACCUGCCGCAAACUUAUUACAACUAACGGACGUACGAGACGCUUGUUGCGAUUUUUUACAAGCUCAAUUACAUCCAUCUAAUUGUCUCGGUAUUAGGGCAUUUGCUGAUCUGCACGGAUGUCUUGAGUUGUUGGCACACGCUGAUAGUUACAUCGAACAGCAUUUUUCGGAAGUGGUUGACGCGGAAGAAUUCUUAACAUUGGCACCUGAACAAGUGGCCAAACUUAUCUGUAGCGACCGUUUAAUGGUACCUUCUGAAGAAAAAGUAUUCGAAUGCGUUAUUUCCUGGGUACAUCAUGAUCUUGAGAAGAGACAAAACGAUUUAGCUCUCUUAAUGGAGCAUGUGCGCUUGCCUUUGCUUUCUCAAGAAUACUUGGUACAACGCGUGGAAGAGGAACCGCUCCUCAAGGCAAAUUUACAAUGUAAGGACUUCUUGAUCGAAGCCUUAAAAUAUCACUUACUUAAGGGUGAGCAAAAGUCGCUAUUCAAAACACCGCGUACUAAACCGAGGCAACCGAGAGGAUUACCUAAAGUAUUGCUGGUUGUCGGCGGUCAAGCUCCAAAAGCGAUUAGGAGCGUCGAAUGCUAUGACUUUAAAGAAGAAAAGUGGUAUCAAGUUUCCGAAUUACCAACACGACGUUGCAGGGCCGGACUCUGUGUUCUUGGUGGACGCGUGUAUGCCGUUGGUGGAUUCAAUGGUUCACUGAGGGUACGGACGGUUGAUAUUUACGACGCUGCGGCGGAUCAGUGGUCACCCUGUCCCGAGAUGGAGGCAAGGAGAUCGACGCUCGGUGUAGCCGUACUUGGCAAUUGCGUUUAUGCUGUCGGUGGUUUUGAUGGUUCGACCGGAUUAAAUUCAGCUGAAGUUUAUGAUCCACGGACUCGCGAAUGGAGACCAAUCGCUCGAAUGUCGACGCGACGUAGUAGCGUGGGAGUCGGAGUUGUCAAAGGAUUACUCUAUGCCGUGGGCGGCUAUGAUGGAGAGUCUCGACAAUGUCUCUCCAGUGUCGAGUGUUAUAAUCCGGAGAAGGACCAAUGGAAACCUGUACCUGAAAUGUCCGCGCGUCGCAGCGGUGCAGGUGUCGGUGUCCUGGAUGGUAUUUUAUACGCGGUAGGAGGUCAUGAUGGUCCACUUGUACGAAAAAGUGUAGAAGCGUUCAAUCCGGAGACGAACCAGUGGACUCCUGUCAGUGACAUGGCACUGUGUCGUCGUAAUGCCGGUGUUGUGGCAUUAAAUGGACUUUUAUACGUGGUGGGUGGAGACGACGGUUCCUCCAGUCUAGCAUCAGUAGAAGUGUACUCUCCAAGAACCGAUACUUGGACUACCCUGCCGACUUGCAUGGGAGUCGGGCGUAGUUACGCGGGUGUUGCUAUUAUCGAUAAACCGAUGGCCCCCGCGACGACGAUGUGAGGUCUACAAUCCGCUGGGCA